AUGAUGUUGUUGUUCUUUUUGUUUGGUCUCUCUCUGGCUGCUGAGACUCCUUCAGAAAGGCAGAGGACUCCACUGCUUCGUGGCAACUGCAACAGAUUCUGGUACAGCUUUGACAACAACUGCUACAAAUACGUUGCCACAUUGAUGACCUGGGCUGAUGCAGAGAAGUACUGCAACACACAAGGUGCCAACCUGGUUUCCAUCCACAGUCUGAAAGAAGAGAACUUUGUUAAAGACCUGAUCACAAACUUUGAUCCUGCCGAAGGAGUGAACUGGAUUGGACUCUCUGACGCCCAGCAGGACAGAGCAUAUUUCUGGUCUGAUGGGUCUCCACUUGAUUUUACUCUCUGGAAUGCAGGAGAGCCAAACAAUGCAGGAGGAGCUGAACCUUGUGUUCACACCAACUGGGGUCCAGUUAAGAAAUGGAAUGACAAAGUGUGUGCAGAGAAAUAUUCAUUUGUUUGUAAGGCUCGACAAGUUUGUCAAUAA